AUGAGUGAUUAAAGAAUCAGAAAACUUUCUCUUUAUGUAGCUGACUAUUUAGGAGCUAAGUAGAGGUUAGAGAAAUACUAAGAGAUAGAAGAUUGUUUAGAUAUCACUCUACAGACAGGCAAUUUAUCAUAAUUACCAGAAUUGAUAGAGUUAAUAGGUGAAAAAAUCAUAAAACUUGACUUAGAAAUAUGGGGAAAUAACUUAGGGGAUAAAAAUGGGGAAAAACUUGAUGAAGCCUUUGAUUACACUCCUCAACUCACUUAUUUAUCAUUGAGAUUGAGAAACAAUUAAAUUUCUGACCCAGGAUGUGAUUGUUUGGGAGCACUAUUUAUCAAGCUUACAGAACUUGUUAAUUUCGAUUUAAAUCUAAAAUCAAAUCUUAUCAACGAUUCAGGUUUCUUAGGUCUCAUGUUUGGCUUCACUUCUAUGACUAAAUUAUAAACUCUUGUCAUAGAUUUAGAAGAUAACCACGUAGGAGAUGAUGCAAUGGAGGAAUUAAGCAAUUCCUUUUCUAAACUUACUCUACUAUAAGAUGUUUCUUUAAAUUUUUGGGGGAAUGUGAUAGGUGAUAAAGGAAUAGCAAUGUUAGGAAAAGGCUUAUAGAAAUUACCUUAGCUUAUUAAUCUUUCUUUAGAUCUAAUGAAAAAUAAUAUAAAAGAUGAAGGAGUUAUCUCUUUUGCAAAAAAUAUGGUUAACUUUCUUAAAUUAAAAUAGUUAGAUAUAUCUUUGUGGUUGUCAGAUUAAGGAGCGUACUCUUUGGGCUUAGCUUUGUUUUUGAUGGAUUAUUUGACCAGCAUUAAACUGAAUUCACUUUACAAUAAAAGUAUUAUUUUAAACAAAUCUGUAAGAGGAAUCAAAUAAAAAUUUCAAGAUAUAUUGAGGAUUUUAGUUUUAAGUUAGUAAUUAUCUUUAAUAGAUAUUACCUAAGAAAAGCAGUAAUAAAAGAAAAUGAUUGCUAAAGCUUUAUAAAAAGUGUUGGGAAAUUCAAGUAUGAAAUUAAUACAUAGCAGAAAUAUAGUUUUAAAAUAAAGGUGCUUCCACAGUUCUGUGGAUUCAUCAGAAAUGAAUCAUUUUUCUCAGAUUAAAGAUUGGUGGAAAAGUGGGAGUGAAAUGGCUCCUUUGUAUUCAUAUAACUUCGCAAGAGUUAAUUUUAUUAAAGAAUUUAUGAAAGAUUUUAACAAUUAGAACUAUCAUCUGAAGCUUCCUUUAAAAAAUCUGCAGAUUUUAGACGUAGGAUGUGGUGGAGGACUUCUUUCAGAAAGCUUAUGUAGACUUGGAGCAAAUGUAACAGGUUUGGAUGCAAAUGAGAAUUCUAUUUCGAUUGCAAAUAAUCAUAAAAAGCUUGAUUAAUUUUUAGAGUAAAAAUUGAAUUAUAAAUUAGGAACUGCUGAGGAAUUAAGCUCUCAAAAUAUUUAGUACGAUUUGGUAACAUGCAUGGAAGUUAUUGAGCAUAUUUAGGACAAAGAGUAAUUUAUUGCUACAUUAAGCCAGUUAGUUAGACCUGGUGGAAUGAUUUUCUUAUCAACAAUGGAAAAGACUAGAGAAUCUUACUUAAAACUUAUAUUAGGCGCUGAGUAUAUUGCAAAAUUAGUUCCAAAAGGCACACAUGAUUGGAAUAAAUUUAUCAAUUCUGAAGACUUGUCAGCUCUUUUAGAAGAUAAUGGAUUUAAGAUUUUAAAAAUUUAAGGAUUUUCUUAUGAUAUAAUAAACAAUUAAAUGGAAAAAUCAAACAAUAAAAUGAAUUACUUGAUAUCUGCUAUCAAACUAAGAUGA